AUGCUGAUCGGCUUUUUGGUGCGUGACGAAGACGACUGGGAGGACCUGAAGCAGCGGGUGAGAGAGGGAAGCUCAAGGGGGAAGAUCAUCCAUGUAUUUGACCGCGAUCCGACCAUCAAGGAGACCGAACGCGAAGGUGCCGAAGAGGAGGUAGAAUCAUUUGACGAGAUAUGA